GGGGGGAGAAGGUGGGCUGAUACUCCCCCCCAUUACAUGGAGCCAGGACAGGACUUUUAUCUCCCCAUCCUUCCCCUCUCCCAGUCAGUGCUCUGCAACCUGGAUACGGAGACCAUCGCCCAGUAGCAACCUGUCUGAGCAGCCAUGGCCAAUAAAGGUCCAUCCUAUGGAAUGAGCCGGGAUGUUCAGUCUCGUAUAGAGAAGAAGUACGAUGAGGAGCUGGAGGCACGCCUAAUACAAUGGAUUAAGUUGCAGUGUGGUGGAGACGUGGGAGAGCCACCAGAACAAGGAAGAUAUGGAUUCCAGCAGUGGCUGAAGAAUGGAAUGAUCCUUUCAAAACUGAUAAACAGUCUGUACCCCAAAGGGUCACCGCCUGUGAAGAUCCCAGAUCCUCCUCCCAGCAUGGUCUUCAAGCAGAUGGAGCAGGUGGCGCAGUUCCUGAAGGCAGCAGAGAAUUAUGGGGUGGUGAAAACCGAUAUCUUCCAAACUGUAGAUCUGUAUGAAGGUAAGGACCUGGCUGCUGUGCAGAGAACAAUAGUGGCUCUUGGGAGUAUCGCAGUCACAAAAAAUGAUGGACAAUACCAAGGAGACCCCUCCUGGUUCAUGAAGAAAGCCCAGGAGCACAAGCGGGAUUUCAGCGAGGACAAACUGAAGGAAGGAAAGAAUGUGAUUGGUUUGCAGAUGGGCAGCAACCAAGGGGCCACCCAGUCUGGCAUGACAGGGUACGGACGCCCAAGGCAGAUCAUCAGUUAAACUGUAGGCAACAAUUAUUAACCUCUUCACUGCUGGAAGAGUCCCUCAGCAACAUGAAGCAGUGAAAGGGUGAAACACAGCACAUAGUAGCUCUAUUGCUAGCCCCAGUAUGUCCAUUACAGCCCAGCCAAUCACAGGUGGCUGCAGGAAUUGGGAUUAAUAAUGAAACACACAUUCCUUCCUGUAAAGAUGUUCCAGACAAUGCGGAUUCAUAUACAGUAUUGCCGAAUGUGAGAUGUACUUCAUAACAGGAUUAGUAGAUGCAUUUGAUUCCCUUUCCUGGAGUAGUGCCUUAACACCAUAUUGAGCUGAUGUAGAGGUUUUCCCAACACUAAUGCCUUGACAUCAUAUUCCCAAGAACACUCAGCCAACCAUCGGAGAUGUAGUUCCCAAAUUGAUCCAUGUAUGUUCUAUGCUUUAGAUCCCUCUAACAUUAAAUAGUUUGACACUGUGCCCCAGUCUGAUGUGCCGUUCACAUGGUCUUCUCUUCUAUCCAGCAGCAGCAUACUAAGCACUAUGCCCUACAGCAGUAAAGGGGUUAAUCUACUUAAGUCUUAAAUAAGAAAAUAUUCAACUUUAAACCGUUUACUAAAGGAUACUUUUUUUAACUUUUAUUUUUAUUUUUUGGUCAAAAUAAAAAAUUCUUUAAAAUCAUUAAAA